CGCAGGAGGCCAUGGCUGCCGCUGCCGCCGGCUGCUGAGGGGCUCGGCCCGCGAGCGCCUGCCGCCGCGGACGAUGGUGACCGCACGGGUCGGGUCGCUGCCGCCGCCGCUGCCUCCGCCUCCACCUCCCAAGACGAAGCAACCAAGGACUGGCGCAGAAGAGCCGCCGCUGUGAGCCGCGCCGCCCCGGCCCCCGCCGCCGCCGCCGCCCGAGGAGAACGGGAGGGCGGGCGAGAGAGCCGGGGAGUUGCGGAGUCCGCUGACCCGUAGCGCCGCCUCGCAGGGAGGGAGGCCGCAGCCCGAGGUCUACUUUACAGGGGAAAAAAACCCAAACAAACAAAGAUGGCUGCAAAGGAGAAAUUGGAGGCAAUGUUAAAUGUGGCCCUGAGGGUGCCAAGCAUCAUGCUGUUGGAUGUCCUAUACAGAUGGGAUGUAAGCUCCUUUUUCCAGCAGAUCCAAAGAAGUAGUCUCAGUAACAACCCUCUUUUUCAGUAUAAGUAUUUGGCUCUUAAUAUGCAUUAUGUAGGUUAUAUCUUAAGUGUUGUGCUACUUACUUUGCCCAGGCAGCAUCUGGUUCAGCUUUAUCUAUAUUUUUUGACUGCCCUGCUCCUCUACGCCGGACAUCAAAUCUCAAGGGACUAUGUUAGGAGUGAACUGGAGUUCGCCUAUGAAGGACCAAUGUAUUUAGAACCUCUCUCCAUGAAUCGGUUUACCACAGCCUUAAUAGGUCAGUUGGUGGUGUGUACUUUAUGCUCCUGUGUCAUGAAAACGAAGCAAAUUUGGCUCUUUUCAGCCCACAUGCUUCCUCUGCUAGCACGACUCUGCCUUGUUCCUCUGGAGACUAUUGUUAUCAUCAACAAAUUUGCUAUGAUUUUUACUGGAUUGGAAGUUCUCUAUUUUCUUGGGUCUAAUCUAUUAGUACCAUAUAACCUUGCUAAGUCUGCAUACAGAGAAUUGGUUCAGGUAGUGGAGGUAUAUGGUCUUCUAGCCUUGGGAAUGUCUCUGUGGAAUCAAUUGGUAGUCCCUGUUCUUUUCAUGGUUUUCUGGCUCGUCUUAUUUGCUCUUCAGAUUUACUCGUAUUUCAGUACUCGAGAUCAGCCUGCAUCACGGGAAAGGCUUCUUUUCCUUUUUCUGACAAGUAUUGCUGAAUGCUGUAGCACUCCUUAUUCUCUUUUGGGUUUGGUCUUCACAGUUUCUUUUGUUGCUUUGGGUGUUUUGACACUCUGCAAGUUUUACUUGCAGGGUUAUCGAGCUUUCAUGAAUGAUCCUGCCAUGAAUCGGGGCAUGACAGAAGGAGUAACGCUGUUAAUCCUGGCAGUGCAGACUGGGCUGAUAGAACUACAGGUUGUGCACCGGGCAUUCCUGCUCAGUAUUAUCCUUUUCAUUGUCGUGGCAUCUAUCCUGCAGUCUAUGCUGGAGAUUGCAGAUCCUAUUGUUUUGGCACUGGGAGCAUCCAGAGAUAAGAGUUUAUGGAAGCACUUCCGUGCUGUAAGCCUUUGUUUAUUUUUACUGGUAUUUCCUGCUUAUAUGGCUUAUAUGAUUUGCCAGUUUUUCCACAUGGAUUUUUGGCUUCUUAUCAUUAUUUCCAGCAGCAUUCUUACCUCUCUUCAGGUUCUGGGAACACUUUUUAUUUAUGUUUUAUUUAUGGUUGAGGAAUUCAGAAAAGAGCCAGUAGAAAACAUGGAUGAUGUCAUCUACUAUGUGAACGGCACUUACCGCCUACUGGAGUUUCUCGUGGCCCUCUGUGUGGUGGCCUAUGGUGUCUCAGAGACUAUCUUUGGAGAGUGGACAGUGAUGGGCUCAAUGAUAAUCUUCAUCCAUUCCUACUAUAAUGUGUGGCUUCGGGCCCAGCUGGGGUGGAAGAGCUUUCUUCUCCGCAGGGAUGCUGUGAAUAAGAUUAAAUCAUUACCUGUUGCUACUAAAGAGCAGCUUGAGAAACACAAUGAUAUUUGUGCCAUCUGUUAUCAGGACAUGAAAUCUGCUGUGAUCACACCUUGCAGUCAUUUCUUCCAUGCAGGCUGUCUAAAGAAAUGGCUAUAUGUCCAGGAGACCUGCCCUCUGUGCCACUGCCACCUCAAAAACUCCUCCCAGCUUCCAGGAUUUGGAACUGAACCAGUUCCACAGCCUCAUGCUGGAGCUGAGCAAAAUGUCAUGCUUCAAGAAGGUACUGAACCCCCAGGCCAAGAGCAUCCUCCAGGAACCAGGAUACAGGAAGGUUCUAGGGACAAUAAUGAGCACAUUGCCAGAAGAUUGGAUAGCCAGGAAGGGGCUUGUGACCCCAAAGAAUAUCCUCAUAGUGCAAAAGAUGAAGCAUGUCCUGUUGAGUCAGCCUAAAGGAAAAGAAGUAGGAAAGUUGCUUCUGUACUCUGGAAGAGAAGUUAAGAUGAAAUUCAUGCUCCACUUUCAGGAAUGUAUGUAUGAGAUGAUCAGGCAGAAAACUGACAUUCCAAGGAUCUAAUCCAGAAAUACUCUCAGUGGAUAUCACCUGCUUUCAUCCCCUAACAUGGUGGGAGAAAUUUUGCAAUGUAUGCUAAUCAAAAUGUAUUUAUAUAUUCUAUGCUGAUGUUCUGUAGAGGUUUGCCAAAAAAAUACAACCUCAGCAACUCCAGAAACUGCCCCUGAUGUGUAAGGGAUAAAUAAAAUCAGAUUUGAGUGUUGAAAGAGGCUAAGGAAGACCAUGAGGACAGCAUGGGAAGAAGCAGACAGAAGUAGAACUGACCUUUCACUUUUCAUGGGACAGAUCAUUCUCAUCAUCAAGUAUGAGUAGUGACCAGCCCUUUUCUCCACCCCUUUCUCCCUUAAUUAAUUGGAACUCAGGCAGGUGAUUAAUAAGUCUUGUACAGCACGGAAAUGAAAUCAAAGAUGUAAAAGCAUUGAUUGUAUUCAAAGAUUAAAGCACGCUCAUACUUCGUAUGUGCUUUAGGGAAGGGGGGGGUGGGCACUUAGGCCUUGAGGGUGCAUUCAUGUAAUCUGAGACUCUCGAACUUUAUGACAGAGUCUUCAAUAUUUUGAUGUAUAUGAAACUUUUGUUAAUAUAUUGUAUACUUCGUUGGCUGUGUGAAGUAAACUAAAACUCUAAUGAACACUUUGGAGUCCACUUUAGUGAAGGAGGCCAAAGUGGGAAGGGCUUUAGGGCACUGAUAGAGGCCCUGGGUGUACUUUUCAAUCCUGUGUAAUGUUUAAUUCUUGCGACUGGAUCAAAACAGUGUUAAAUUAUGGCAUUAUUUGCACUUUGGGAAUGAGUACAUAACUGUAUGAUCACAUUCUGCAAAUGCCACUUUUAAAGCUGUUAAUAGACUUUGCACCUUUGACAAGGAUGUGUCAUAUUUAAAUUUUUACAUUCAUCAUGGCUACAGGUAGAACCAGGGAGGGGGGAAUGUAAUUUUUUAUGGGAUUUUUGAUAUGAAAAGAAACUAGUCAUUUAUUUAUACAAUAGGCUUGGCUCAAAAAGUGUUUUUCCUAAUGUGGGAUGUGACUUUAUUUUAUUUUUAGUAGUAAAUUUGGAUGUAGACUGACAGACAUAGCUGAAUGUCUUAAUAAAUUUAAAUUUGAAGAUAA